AUGGCCCGCUCCACGCUCCCCACGUUCCCGCUCAUCGUGUUUGGCAUCAUCGAGCCCGCCCUGCUCAUCGUCGCAUACGUGACAGCGAUGCGCGACCCGGCGACCUACUUCGCCGACCAGGCGCCUAACUACGCUGUGAACGCGGGCCAGUUCGUGCCGCAGGCGCUGGGCCUGACGCUGCAGAUGGCCAACGUGCUGCUGCUGCUGGCGCUGCUGGCAUGGGUGUGCUGCUGGUCGCGCGACCCGGCCACGGCGCGCGGCUUCCUCGUCGCCGUCGCCUUCGCCGACUGGGGCCACCUCUAUGCCGUGUACCGCACCGUCGGCCUCGACCUUUUCCUCAACCCUGCCGCCUGGAACGGCAACGUCGCUGGAAACAUCGGCGCCAGCGCCGUCCUCAACGUCCUGCGCUGGCUGACCGUGUUUGGCGUUUUCGGGCCCGUCCAGGCCGCCGCCGUGUCGACCAACACCACCACCACCACCACCACCACCACCAGCAAGGCUGCCGCCGCCAAGAACAAGAAGAGCACUUAG